GCUCACAAAUCUCUUUCUCUCUCUCUCUCUGUUUCUGAGAUUGAUCCAGUUAUUAAGAGCAGGUGAAGAUGCAUCUGCUUGUGAACUGCUCCAACUGCCAUACACCGCUGCAACUCCCACCAGGAGCCAAAUCGAUAAGAUGCGCACUAUGCCAAGCCAUCACCCACAUCGCCGACCCUCGCAGCGUCCCUCCUCCUCCCUACCCCUAUAAUUACUAUUCUACUCCGCCGCUACCGCCACCAGCACCCUCUGCCUACAACAACGCGCCACCAGCACCCUCUCCCUACAACCACGCGCCACCUGGGCCUCCGCCUUCGCCACACGGCCACAAGAAGGCGGUGAUAUGUGGCAUAUCGUAUCGACGCUCCAGGCACGAACUCAAGGGAUGCAUCAAUGAUGCCAAGUGCAUGCGUCACCUUCUCAUCAACAAAUUCAACUUCCCUGAAUCCUCCAUUAUUAUGCUCACCGAGGACGAAACUGAUCCAAACAGGAUUCCUACUAAGCAUAACUUAAGGAUGGCAUUAUAUUGGCUUGUACAAGGUUGUCAACCAGGAGAUUCUCUAGUGUUUCACUAUUCUGGUCAUGGUUCACAGCAGAGGAACUAUAAUGGGGAUGAGGUUGAUGGAUAUGAUGAGACCCUAUGUCCCUUGGACUUUGAAACUCAGGGAAUGAUUGUUGAUGAUGAGAUUAAUGCGACAAUUGUUAGACCUCUUCCUUCUGGGGUUAAGCUGCAUGCAAUUAUUGAUGCUUGCCAUAGUGGGACCAUGCUAGACUUACCAUUCCUCUGCAGAAUGAGCAGGAGUGGGCAGUAUACAUGGGAAGACCAGAGCCCUCCAUCUGGGGUUUGGAAAGGAACAAAUGGAGGGGAAGCAAUUUCCUUCAGUGGAUGCGAUGAUAAUCAAACCUCUGCUGAUACUUCAGCUUUAUCAAAGAUCACUUCAACAGGUGCUAUGACUUUCUGUUUCAUUCAAGCAAUUGAGCGUGGACAUGGAACUACAUACGGGAGCAUGCUAAACGCAAUGCGGAGUGCUAUCCGUAAUACGGGUAAUGACCUUGGUGCUGGUCCUGUAACAUCUCUCCUCACCAUGCUUUUGACAGGAGGCAGCCUAAGUGGGGGAUUAAGACAGGAGCCGCAAUUAACAUCAUAUGAUCCAUUCGAUGUAUAUGCAAAGCCCUUCUCCCUAUGAUUGUCUUCUCUAUCUGACAACCUUGUGGAAAUAACCAGAUUGUUUGACAGAGCUGAAGUGAGAUGUUCCUCAAUUAAACCAUUUUUCAAUCUCAUCUGGUUGCAACUGGGUUCAAAAGUAGAAUAUCCAGUCAAAUAAUUCAUGGCCUGGGGCUGCCUGUGCCAAGCUUGAAAAGAAUUGUGCAGCUCACACUGGAUCUCACUAGUUGUCAAAAAGCGAUGAAAUUUUAUUUAUGAUCAAGGAUGCAUUACAACACUCUGGGGCAGAUCAUUCAGCGAUAUUGUUGAA